AUGGUGAUUGCCAAGGCGUCGUCUAGUUUCGGCAAUGAGUAUGUAUCUCACGUUGCUACGGUGGAAAAUGCAAUUGUAGUAGGCCUCACUGAUGGAUCCGUCCACGCUCUUGAUUUUGACUUGGAAACUGCGAAGGCUUUGUUCAAGGGGGACUCUCAGGUGACUGGCCUUGGAGUCCACGACUCGAAUGUUGUCUCAGUCGGAAAUGCCAAGGGCCAAAUAGCAGUGAUUGAUUUAAGAACAGGGAAAACGCAAGUAAGAGUUGAUUUCAAAGCACCUCUGGCCUGUUUGGCUGGUCGACAGAACGAAUUGGCCUUUGGAACAGAGCUGUUCCAACACGAUGCCACUGUCGCACUAUACGAUCUCCGAACCCCUGGUUCUCCAUUCAGAAAAUACACCGAUAGUCACAAUGAUGAUGUUACAGACGUCAGAUUCCAUCCAACGCAUAAAAACAUGUUACUGUCGGGCUCUACUGACGGGAUCAUCAACAUUUUCAACACAGACAUUGUUGACGAAGACGAUGCCGUUUAUCAAACAAUAAACCACGAGUCGUCUAUUCAUCGAACAGGAAUUCUAUCCGAAAACCGUGUCUUUGCUCUCAGUCACAUGGAAACUAUGUCUAUUUAUCAGGUAGCCAACCCCGAUGAGAACAUCGAGGAGCCAGCACCAAACAACUUUGGUGAUUUACGCGAGAAAUGGCAAUGCCAGUACGUUGCAGAUUAUGCCGAUGGAUACUUUUUAGUGGGGACUAACGCGGAAUCUAAAUUGAAGCUUGUUCCGUUUGCUAAUGAGGCUGCAGGUACACCUAUCAAUCUCGAAGGAGCACACGGUGAAGAAGUGGUUAGAGGAUUCUCAUUCCACAAGAAUGCUGUUUAUACUGGCGGCGAAGACGGAUUGGUAAAGGUCUGGACGCUUGAAAACCCCGAAAAGAGAAGAGGGCCACUGCCAAAGACUCACCUCCAUAAGAAACCGUAUUAA